UGUAUAGUGCGCCUAAGGUUCUUGCUAGAGUUGCAUCAUUACACGUGAAGUUGGUCUUUGGGUUUCCGGCUCUUUUCUUUUACCGAAAUUAGUAUACUACAUUAAAAGAAUUUAACAAAAAUGUUGGCUGCCGCUAGAUUGUUAAGCAGGAGCUGUAACAGCAUCAGCUGUGAUAUCGCUAGAAGACAGCAAUUUAGUACGAUAUUAAAAAAUGCUGCAGCUCCCGGAGUUGUCGUACCUCAACGUUACACAGACAUACAAUGUCGUUACAAAUCAGAGGGUGUUAAGGGGGCAGUUAUUGGUAUUGAUCUUGGUACAACAUUUUCUUGUGUAGCAGUGAUGGAAGGUAAACAGGCUAAGGUUAUUGAAAAUUCAGAAGGUUCACGAACGACACCAUCUUACGUUGCAUUUUCAAAAGAGAAUGAACGUUUAAUUGGUAUGCCUGCCAAACGUCAAGCAGUUACAAACUCUUCUAAUACAUUUUAUGCAACCAAACGACUCAUUGGGAGAAAAUUCGAUGAUCCUGAAGUGAAGAAAGACAUGAAGACGGUAUCUUAUAAAAUCGUUAAAGCAUCUAACGGAGAUGCAUGGGUACAAGGAGGAGAUGGAAAAUUGUAUUCCCCCAGUCAAAUAGGUGCUUUCGUGCUUAUGAAAAUGAAAGAAACUGCAGAGGCUUAUCUUAAUACACCGGCUAAAAAUGCAGUUAUCACUGUACCUGCAUAUUUCAAUGAUUCGCAAAGACAAGCUACGAAAGAUGCUGGUCAAAUUGCUGGAUUGAAUGUACUUAGAGUGAUCAACGAACCUACCGCUGCUGCACUUGCAUACGGUAUGGAUAAAACGGCUGACAAAAUUAUUGCAGUAUACGAUUUGGGUGGCGGUACUUUCGAUAUCUCGAUUUUAGAAAUUCAAAAAGGUGUUUUUGAAGUUAAAUCAACUAAUGGAGACACAUUUUUGGGAGGAGAAGAUUUUGAUAAUGCGUUAGUUAAUUAUUUGGCGUCCGAAUUUAAAAAAGACCAAGGUAUAGACGUAGCUAAAGAUGCUAUGGCUAUGCAACGAUUAAAGGAAGCAGCUGAAAAAGCAAAAAUUGAAUUAUCAAGCUCUUUGCAAACCGAUAUUAAUCUACCAUACUUAACUAUGGAUUCUAGUGGCCCUAAACACUUGAAUCUUAAACUCACAAGAAGCAAAUUUGAAAGUCUUGUUGGUGAUCUUAUCAAACGUACUAUACAACCAUGUCAAAAAGCUCUUACCGAUGCUGAAGUAUCCAAAUCUGACAUUGGGGAAGUACUUUUGGUUGGAGGAAUGACUAGAGUACCUAAGGUUCAACAAACAGUUCAAGAAAUUUUCGGUCGACAGCCUUCGAAAGCUGUUAAUCCCGAUGAAGCUGUUGCUGUUGGUGCUGCUGUUCAGGGUGGUGUACUUGCUGGAGAUGUUACCGAUGUUCUUCUUCUCGACGUUACACCUCUUUCAUUGGGUAUCGAAACACUUGGCGGUGUCUUUACAAAAUUGAUUUCACGAAACACGACUAUUCCUACGAAGAAAAGUCAAGUAUUUUCUACAGCAGCGGAUGGUCAAACUCAAGUAGAAAUUAAGGUUCAUCAAGGCGAACGAGAAAUGGCGUCUGACAAUAAACUUUUGGGUCAGUUCACAUUAGUCGGAAUUCCUCCCGCGCCAAGAGGAGUUCCUCAGAUUGAAGUAACGUUUGAUAUUGAUGCAAAUGGUAUCGUUCAUGUAUCCGCUAGGGACAAGGGUACUGGCAAGGAACAACAAAUUGUAAUUCAAUCCAGUGGUGGUCUGAGCAAGGACGAAAUAGAAAAUAUGGUAAAGAAUGCCGAACAAUAUGCUAAAGCAGAUAAGAUCAAGAAAGAAAGAGUAGAAGCUGUUAAUCAAGCUGAAGGAAUUAUCCACGACACGGAAUCGAAAUUAGAAGAAUUCAAGGCACAACUUCCACAAGAAGAGUGUGACAAAUUGAAAGAAUUGGUUGCCAAGACAAGAGAGGCAUUAGCCCGAAAAGAUGAAAUGGAUCCCGAGGAAAUCAAGAAACAAACCAAUGAAUUGCAACAAGCAAGUUUGAAAUUGUUCGAAAUGGCAUAUAAAAAAAUGGCGGCAGAAAGAGAAAGCAGCAGCAGCGGUAGCGGUAGCGGUAGCAGUAGCGAUAGCAGUAACCAAAGUCAAGAACAACCUCAAGAAAAGAAAGAGGAGAAAAACUAAUGGUAAAAAAAAAAAUCCUCAACAAAUUUUUUUGCACAUAGCUGCUUAAACACCAGUUGUCGUUUUACACGCCCAGAUUUAAGAACAGAAAAAUAUAUAUUAUUUUAUUAAAUGUAUAUAAAAUCAAUUUCGUUAAUUAAAUGCCAACUUUCUUUGUUAAUUAUUAUUUAUUUCUUUGUAAUAUGUUCUCAUACAGACAAAGUUCACCAUUAAAAAAUUAGAAGAUAUUGGCUCAAAUGUGUUGUAAGAAUAACUUUCUGGGAUAUGUAUCGAUUGCAGUUAAUAAUUUGAAAGCAAUUGUCGAGCUAGAAAAAUCGCCCUGUAAAUUGUGUACAUAAUCCUCCAGUGCAUGAUAAAUAUUGCCAGGAAAGCAUAUAUUUGCGAUACCUAAACUUAAUGUGAAAUGACAGAUGGUGUUUAACGAUAUUGUUCUCGCCUGUGUCAAUUUUAACAACAAAAUGGAACUAUCUCGUUAACAGUGCUACAAAAAUUCUUAGUAUGAUAGUUCAUUCGUUUGCUACUGUAGAAUUCUAUAGUGGUUUAGGUAGUAUGAAUGUGUAUUAUGAUUGACAACAAGAAGAAUGUGUAAGAAUGUUUGAUAUAUAUAUAUAGACAGAUAUAUAGCAUAAGAAAUAUAUAAUACUUAUAUAAGUAAUUAAAUAUAAAAUGUAAUAAUGUGGUAUAUAUGCACCAAUAUUAUAUACAUAAUAAUAGUUAAUUUCACAAAUUUUUUAUUUGAAACUUACGUCCGAUACAAUAAUUUUCAUGUGUUCGUUGUGUUAUUCAAUAAAUCAUUCGAAAUAUU